AUAAUAUACGUUUAAUCACACACUGCUGCCCAGUUACUUAUUUACAUUUACAUUACUUAUUACUAUUAAAUAUGUUUCCUUGAAGAUUUAACUGAGGUCAUCAUCUUUACCGUCCUAUGUACGACGAUUAAAAGUUUCGUUUUUAUUCUCAUCAAAACUAUGCUCCUCUACUUACAUGACAAGAUCUUACAAUGACUGAUAAAAUUCAGUCUGGUCAGCCACAGCCCAUAGUAAAAAUUGGCCACUACACACUGGGACAAACUUUGGGUGUUGGCACUUUUGGAAAAGUAAAAAUCGGAGAACAUGCACUUACUAAGCUGAAAGUUGCGGUGAAGAUUUUGAAUCGUCAAAAAAUAAAGAGCCUCGAUGUUGUGGGAAAGAUACGUAGAGAGAUACAGAAUCUCAAAUUGUUCCGUCAUCCUCAUAUCAUUAAAUUGUAUCAAGUCAUAAGCACUCCAACAGACAUUUUCAUGAUAAUGGAAUAUGUAUCAGGGGGUGAAUUGUUCGAUUAUAUUGUCAAACAUGGAAAGCUGAAAGAAUACGAAGCUCGUAGGUUUUUUCAACAGAUUAUAUCAGGUGUAGAUUACUGCCAUCGUCACAUGAUUGUACACCGAGAUUUGAAACCAGAAAACUUGCUAUUGGAUCACAAUCUCCAUGUCAAGAUUGCAGAUUUUGGUUUAUCCAACAUGAUGACUGAUGGAGAAUUUUUAAGAACUUCAUGCGGUUCCCCUAACUAUGCGGCGCCUGAAGUUAUAUCGGGAAAGUUAUAUGCAGGUCCCGAAGUAGAUAUUUGGUCCUGCGGAGUCAUUUUGUACGCUCUACUUUGUGGUACUUUGCCUUUUGACGACGAACACGUGCCAACUUUGUUUAGAAAAAUAAAAACCGGGAUUUUUCCUAUUCCGGAAUACUUGAAUAAAACUGUAGUGAGUCUACUGUGUCACAUGCUGCAAGUCGAUCCGAUGAAAAGGGCUACUAUUGAGGAUAUCAAAAAACACGAAUGGUUCCAGAAAGAACUUCCUACUUAUCUAUUUCCAUCUCCCGUUGAGCAAGACUCUUCCGUAAUAGACAUAGGUGCUGUCAAUGAGGUUUGUGAAAAGUUUAACGUUAAAGAAACAGAGGUGCAUUCAGCUCUGUUGAGUUGCGAUCCACACGAUCAACUGGCAAUCGCCUAUCACUUGAUAAUCGAUAAUAAGAGGAUCGCCGAUGAGGCUGCCAAAGCUGAAUACAAAGAUUUUUAUGUCGCUUCGAGUCCUCCACCGGUUGCUUUCAGCCCAAGCGACUCAAAUAAUAGUCCGCUGCGUCCUCAUCCUGAAAGAAUUGCUCCGCUGCGUGAAAAUAAAAAUUCGCAAAGCGGAGUCCAGGUUCAAAUUCAAUCCGGUGUAGCUGGCCCGAAUCGUGGUACGCCAGUGAAGCGAGCCAAAUGGCAUCUAGGAAUUAGAUCUCAGUCAAAACCAAAUGACAUUAUGAACGAGGUGUAUCGUGCCAUGUCUGCGCUUAAUUUUGAAUGGAAAAUCAUCAAUGCAUACAGCGUCAGAGUUCGACAUAAGAAUAAAGUAACAAAUAAAUACAGCAAAAUGUCUCUCCAACUAUACCAAGUUGAUUAUAAAAGUUAUUUACUAGACUUCAAAUCACGUUCAAGUGAGGACACCGAAAGUGUUAACGAAGAUUCCCUCAACGCGCCAUCCCAGCUAACGGGUCACCAUACGAUGGAAUUUUUCGAAAUGUGUGCAGCUCUUAUAACGCAGUUAGCACGCUAAGUGGACAUUUAGGAAAGAGGUGAAUAAAAAACAACUACGACGACAGGUAAGAUAUCAUUUACAAAUUGCACGCUAUUGUACUUUGAUAAAAAAACAACCAUGAGGAUCAUUAGCUGAUUUGGGAAUGGUAUGAAAAAAUUCAAAUUGCUUAGAAAUAACAAAGAGAAAAAAAAAAAAACAGACAAAUAUCGAUAACAAAAUUGAGAGUAGCAAAGUUAUCCGUGAGAUAAAGAAACAGGUUACCAAAGUACCGAGUUCAGGCGUUAUCCACAGAAGUGAUAGUUCUUCCUGAGUUACUCUAAUUGAACUAGUUGUUCGCCGAACAUUGAAUCGCUAAAAUGAGAAAAAUGGGUCAACUAUUUGAUGAAAGUUGACAAACAAAUGAUGAAAGAAAAAUCGGAAAAACGUUUUAUAGAAGGCAAAAAAUUGACAAAAUUAUUGAGACUUGAUAGACGAUAUUUAAAAAGUACCAUGAAAUCGAGUCGAGUCAAAAUAAAUAAAUUGACGCUAAAGAUAAUAACGAUAAAUAAUUAUUUAUAAAUCAAUUAUGAAAACAACUCAUUGAAUCAAUCAUUCGUAAUCAGAUGAAAUUGAUAAAACCUAAUAAAAACUAAAAUGAACAAAAACAGAAUCAAUAAAUAAAAUUGCGAAGAGUAUCUGUCAACUAAACUGCAGGGGUGUAUGGCGGUAUUCAACGGUCGGACUGUAGUAAAAAAAUCUUUUAUUGUAACAACUAGCAAUUUAAAAUGUGUUUAGAUAUGUCCUCUGUAUUUAUGUAUAAUAUUCUUUGUAAGCGGUAAGAACCAUAUUAUAUAACUAUAGCAGGAAAAAAAGAAAAGAAAAAUACAUAUAUACAAAACGA